CCCAGUCAGAUCUAUCCGAAAUUUAAUUUCUGCAUGUAAGACUUGGCUCACAGAAAUUACUCCCAAACAGUUUACAGUCUUAAAAACUUUUAACUUAACAUCCACAACUGUUAGUUUGGUUUACUUUGUGUGAAUUACUAUGUGCUAUUAAUAAUCAUUUAUGCCUGGGAUGUGCUGUGUUGCCAGACAUUUGAUUGAUUGUCAUACCAGACAAGAUGGCUGCUACUCGAAGAACAUCAGUUAUGGUAUUCUUGUGGUUUCAGAUAAAUGGAUUAUUGCAGACAAUGUUGGUUUACAAAGCUGAAGAAAGCAUUUUUAAAUGACUGCUUCAUUGUCAUCAUAAUAUUGAUACAUAAGUAUUUAUGUGUCUGGCUGAACAAAGCUGCAGUCAAUCUUGUUGCUAUCCAGCUUACAGCUCCAUCCACUUUUACCACGAACACGGUCACCCUCUGCUCGUCAACUGGAUACAUAACUCCAUGGAAUUAUGGAGUGAAACCACACAAAAUCAGAAACCUUCGUUGUCAACCUCGAUACCCUGGGAUGAUUCCAGAGUUAUUCAACAGGUCAACCAACAAGUUCACUUUGAAACUCCAAGCGUUUUGGAAGCAAAGUGAAGUCACUCGGUUUGUACAAGCUGAUGCCCAGUUUGCUCUGCGAGAAAUCUCUGCCAACGACAUCAAAUGUGGUAGCGUCACCUAGCAAUAGCACAGUGGUUAGAGGGAUGAGUCUGCCUGGACAUGAUAAAUACCAAUCACUGAAAACUCGCCUUUUACAGACUUCCGGACCUUCGAAGUCGGAGCACGCCAGACAGUUACUCUCCUUACCCGGUCUCAGUGAUGGUAAGCCUUCAGAGCUAAUGGACCACAAGCUGUCUCUCCUGGGAAAGCACUAUCCUUGUUUUAUUAUUAAAGAACUCUCCAUGCAGCAGAAGCCUGAUCCAGUUCACACAGCCCUCGCUAAUGCUCCCAUGGUGGACAAUAGGGAGCUUGCUAAAAUGGCUGAUAGUCUUCACUCAGCCAGGCAGUGGUGUAUCAUUCCUCCUCUUUUCUCUACCUCAAUAAGCCUGGUCAGCAAGGCCCCCGACAUAAGGACUCCCGUGGCUCUGAAACAGAUGACGCCGGACCUGUGUUUUUACCAUGCUCGCUUUGGUAGGGACUUCAGGAAGUGCCGACCACCCAGCAGCUUUGACAGUGCCAGUGCAUCGGGACAUCGGGGGUCUGUGAACACCGUGGCAUCCAGCUGCCAGGGCCGUCUACUGUUCACUACGGACACCCUUUCAGGGCGACGCUUUCUGUGUGGCAGGUGCUCAGAUGAGUGUACUGCCAGCAUUGCCUAUAGAGACAAAACCUUGCCAACGGCAGCAAGAUCCAGAACCAGGGGACAUGAUGGGUGACAGUCUGCUUCAGUGGGCGACGUUACACACAGCAAUUCAUCCUGGCCAAAGUGCUCAGUGCAGAUUUCCUGUGUGCCCAAGGACCGUUAGUUGAUCUUAAGAAAUGCCAGCUGAGGAUAUCAAGGACUUUGGGUCAUCACCCUGCUCCCCAGUACAUUCCCCACAGCUCUGACAAGUGCAAGCACCACUGUAUGUGAGUUUACUCAAAUGCUGGGCAAAUUCCCAGACCUCACCAAGCCCACAUUCUCCCCUACAGUCACAGAAGAUGGGGUUGAGCACCACAUUCCCUCAACUGGCCCGCCAGUCCAUGCCCGCACCCGCAGACUGGACCCAGCAAAGCUGGCAGCCGCAAAGUCUGAAUUUGCCAACAUGGAAAGACUUGGCACUGUGGGCCGGUCAAAUAGCCCCUGGGCUUUGCCCCUCCAUAUGGUCUCUAAGUCCAAUGGUCGUUGCCACCCAUGUGGUGAUUAACUCUUGGGUACCUGUUGACCUACAUUCCUCCUCAUUUGUUUUUGUCUACCAUGAUGCACACCAAUAUCCCCUUAGACCCCCUUACUUGGCCCAUUUCACAUCUUGGAAUGGGGAGAAAAGACUUUUAUCACUGAUCAGAGGGAUAGACCUGAAGGUAUUUCAGUAGAUCGCCUUGAAGCGGCCCCCCAAUAUUUGGAGUAUUCCGUUGCACUGCCCUUGGCAUCACAACUUGACCAUGGACAUGUCAGUACACCUCUGGAGGAGCCAGAGACACCUGCUGUUCCUCCACUCAUGAAACAUAGAAUCAGAGCUGGGCAGCUUGUGGGAGUUCCAAGAAACCUCACAAUACCAGCUUUAGUGAAUUCUUGGGGGCUGUGCAGGGUAACAUAAUUGAUGGAAAAAUACUGAAUUCACAACCACCAACAUUGGAUUGGGGUUCACUUUAAGCGGCCGGUGUGACAUGAUGAUGUUAUUAUGUAAAAAGUUUUUUAGUGGCUUUUAUUGUGUAGGUUUGGGAGUUCAAUAAAAUGUGUUAUGGG